AUGGAGCGCUUCGUGAGAGUUGUGGUUGUGGAAGACAUAAAACGAUGGAAAUCUAUGCUUGAGCUUCCAGGGCAACCGAAAGAGAAUCUGAUUGAAGCUUUGGAGGAGCUGAAAAAGAAAAUACCUUCCAAGGAAGUGUUACUUUCAACAAAAAUAGGUCACACAGUAAAUAAGAUGCGCAAACAUUCAGAUCACGAUGUGGCCAGCCUUGCAAAGGAUGUUUACACGGAGUGGCGUACUUUCAUCAAAGACCAUUCAAACAAACCCUCAAUAGAAGUCAGGAGUGAUCCCAAGACUGAGGUUUUCAGAAAGAAUGCACGGAAGCUGCUUUGCAAAGCUCUGGAUCUAGAGAUUGAUCACCCACUGGCUGAAAAUAUUGAGCGGGAAGCUUUUCAUCUCUCUUCCCGUCUCAUUAACGGACCAUAUCGCCGAAUGAUGCGAGCUCUUGUCUUCUCAUUAAAGCACAAACCUGAAAUCCGAGCAGAAGUCAAGAGUGGCACACUCACUGUCCCUGCAUUUGUACAGAGCCAUAAAAAGUGAGGCAGCGUGCGUGAUGCCGAGUGAGAACUUCAUGUGCCUACAUCUCUGCAGAACUGGGAACCCUUUCUGUCUUAGGAGAGCAGAAGUGCUGACAGUGCAGCUCACUUGGCACCGCCAUAUGAACAGGGCCACAGAAGGCAGGAGCCAGUGAUGCUGAAAGUGGUGCUGUAAAUCUGACUUGGUAGAAAUCUAUGUGCGCUUCUUGCAAGAGAAGUUUCUUAUACUAUGCUGUAUAUUUUCCUGCUACAAAGCUACCUUUGCUGACUCACACGUUUCUGACUUCUACCACAGUUUGUCAUACCUCAGUUUGGCUCCGUUCCUGAUCUGGAUCUUCAGGCGUAAGCAUAAAGGAGCAGCUCUGUGCUGUGGUAGUAGAAAUACUGGGAAUUCAGGGUGAUUAUUCCAAGUGAGGAGAUUGCCAGUGGAUAACUGCAUACUCUUCUUAGCCCUAAAUUAGCUGUAUUUGCUGCAGCUGGGUUCUGAAUGGGGGCAAGAGGUGGCUGUUUAGCCAAGCCCUCUAAUUUCCCUUUGCUGUAUCCUUUCCUUUGCUACCCUUUCCAAAGUUAAACACAAAAUGGGUUUCAGUAACUUGCCAGCCAUCAUUCCGUAGCCUCAGUGACCUAACAAUUGUGGGCAUUUUCUGAAGCUCUGUGAUGAAAAUCAAAAGGCCCUGGAAUGUAGGUGCUAUCUAAUGCCUCUUUGCUAUUUAAUGAAUAGCUCAUUCAAACAUCUGUAUACCUCAUUCAUGAUUUAAAUAUGGUGCUUGUUGGUACUGUAACAUGAAAAAAAAAAACCUUGAAAUGAAAUUUCUAAAUACAAUGAGCUGGUAAGUAAAAUACUCCUUUUAACAGCUGUUUUCCUCCAAAAGGAACAAAUACUUCAGAAUGAAUGUGUAAACAAAUUUAAAUGACAAAAAGACAGAACCAGAAAUAAACUAGUUAUU